CGCUGGUGGAAUCCUAACUGUGUCUUUUAAUUCCGCAAGAACAAACAUUAUUAUAAAACGAGUAGUUUUAAAAUAUAAAAAUAAUUAAUAUUUAUUGUAUUAAUUCACUCUCGUAUAUCUAUAUUGGCAAAUAUACGAAUAGAAACGAUGGAUAGCAAAGAUGUUAUUAAUUCAAUUCUAGAAAAUAAUACAGAAGAGAAAGAUACCCGAACUACAAUAGUAAAUAAAGAUAUAGAAGUUGAAACAGAUUUAGGAACUCUUUUGGCAUUAGAUUACAACAGUUUGGACUUAAAAGCAAUAAAGUCACAACCUGAAGAAUAUUUGAAAAAUUUAACAAGAGAUAAUGUGCAAAUAUUGAUUAAUAAAAUUUGGGAACUUCCAACAGAACGUAUUGAUGAAGUAAUAGUAGCAAAAUUACCUAAACAAACAUUUAUAUUACCAAGAUCUCGUCAAAUUCCAAAACCUAAACCUUUAACAAAAUGGCAACAAUUUGCUAAAGAAAAAGGUAUUAGAUCUAAAAAAAAAAGUAAAUCUAAACUUAAAUGGGAUGAAGUAUUACAGAAAUGGAUACCUACAUUUGGUUAUAAACGUAAUAAAGCCAUAGAACAAAAAGAAUGGUUGGUAGAAGUUAAUGAUGAAGGUAAAGCCAUGGAAGAUCCAUUUACAGCUGCAAAGAUAGCUAAAGAAGAAAGAAAGUCUAAGAAUGAAUUACAGAGAUUACAUAAUAUUGCUAAGACAAAAAAUAUAAAGAUUCCUAAAGUAGGACUUCCUACUAAAGAACAUUUUUCUGAUUCACAACAACUUUCACAAGCUGUAACUAUUGCACGUACAUCAACAGCAUCUCUUGGAAAAUUCCAAGAUAGGUUACCAAAAGAAAAAGAUGCAAAAGGAAUUGCCAAACAAGUUCCAGGUAUGAAAAGAAAAGCUGAAGAAAUUCCUAAAAAUUUACAAGAAGAAAAAAAACGAAAUACUAAUCUGGCAGAUAGUAUUUUGAAGAGUAAUACUAAAAUUCUUCGCGAAGACUUUUCUGUACCAAAAACAAAACCAGUUAAAGCAAAUAAUAAAAAAAGUAAAAAAGGAACAAAGGCCAAGGGAGCAAAAAAACCAAAAGCAGGUAAAGGUCAACGAAAUAUGAGACUUAAAGUUGGAGGUAGAAAACGAAGAUAAAAGAAUAAAUAUUCAAUUUAUUUAUUUGUUUAAAUUUCAAUUAUCGUAAUUUACAAAAUUAUAAUUAAAAUAUAUGAAAAAUAUAUAAUAAAUAUAUAAUAGUGAAAUAAAUAUUAUUCAUACAAAACA